AUGGGAUCCAAUUCGGUGGUAAAGGAAGAAGAAGAAGAAGAGUACAUAAACAUGGAGCUGGCGUCUUCCCCCUCCAAAUCCCCACAGCUGAAAGAGUUCGAAUUCCAAUUCUUCUCCGCUCCCACUCCCGACGAUUCCGCCGCCGACGAACUCUUCUACAAAGGCAAACUCCUCCCUCUCCACCUCCCCCCUCGCAGGCAAAUGGUCGAACACCUUCUGCGCACCGCCCCCUGCACCAACUCCAACACCCCAUCCGAUUCCCGCAACAUCUCCCCCUCCGAAUCUCGCAGAGUCAGCUGCGACCUCACCGCCUUCGAGUGGCCCACCGAAAUCAACUCCUUCCUCAACAAUCACCAACCGAUUAGAAGCACCGCCACUUCCUGGUCCAAAAAGCUUAAGAUGAAGCGCUCUAUUCUCGCUCACAAGCUCAAAUCGUUCUUCACCAAAUCGGAUCCCCAAAACCUAUCAUCCAAACCCGACCUCGCUGUCAAAUACUCCAGAUUCGGGAAGAGAUUCGCAACUUUGAUGAAAAGGAACGGAAUUGACGAUCACAGGAGAUCCUUUUCCGGCGCAAUCAGUGCGGAUUUUUCAACGACGACGACGAAUUGCUCGUCUUCGUCAUCGACGGCGUCGUCCUCGUUCAAUUUGAGCGGUCUGCAUGAGCUGCAGUUUCUCCGGCGGAGCAGCAGCGCCGCGGAGAUUGAGGUUUCCAUUAAUGCAGCUAUCGCUCAUUGCAAGAAAUCGAUGAUUCAUUCCUCUUUUUCAUCUUCUUAA